GGACUUGGAGAAGGGGGGGGUGUUUCUGCGGGGCUCGCCGGCGUCUGCGGUGGACACCUCGUCGGGGUCCUUGAUGAGCGUCGUCGCGCUGAGGGCGGAAAGGGAACUCGGCCCCGCAGCCCCGGUCACGGCUUCAUGAUUUUUUGCCGUUUCUUGGCAAAAAUGGCAACUAACGAUGCUGUUCUGAAGAGACUGGAGCAGAAGGGUGCUGAGGCAGAUCAAAUUAUUGAAUAUCUCAAGCAGCAGGUUGCUCUUCUUAAAGAGAAAGCGGUUUUACAGGCAACUUUAAGAGAAGAGAAGAAACUACGAGUUGAAAAUGCCAAAUUGAAAAAGGAGAUAGAAGAACUGAAACAAGAGCUAAUUCAGGCAGAAAUUCAGAAUGGAGUGAAGCAGAUACCUGUCCCAUCUGUUCCUCCACUGCAAGUUAAUUCUCCACUUUCUGGAAGUGUGACAGAAUCCAUACCAGUAACAUCUAUACCAUCCGGUGCAAAGGAUCAAGUGAAAGAAGGAGGCAAAGGAGAAGAGAAGAAGGUGAAAGAGAAAAGUGAAAAGAAAGGAGAGAAAAAAGAAAAAAAGCAGCCACCAGCAGCAGGAAGUGCUGAUUCUAAACCAGUAGAUGUUUCUCGCCUGGACCUCCGAAUUGGCUGUAUCCUUAAUGCCAAAAAACACCCAGAUGCUGACUCUCUGUACGUGGAGGAAAUAGAUGUGGGAGAAGCCGCCCCAAGGACGGUGGUCAGUGGCCUGGUCAAUCAUGUUCCUCUUGAACAGAUGCAGAAUCGGAUGGUGGUCUUACUUUGUAACCUGAAACCUGCAAAAAUGAGAGGCGUACUGUCCCAGGCCAUGGUGAUGUGUGCCAGCUCCCCAGAGAAGGUGGAGAUCUUGGCGCCUCCAGACGGGUCUGUCCCCGGGGACAGAAUCACUUUUGACACUUUCCCCGGAGAGCCCGACAAGGAGCUGAAUCCCAAGAAGAAGAUCUGGGAGCAGAUCCAGCCCGACCUGCACACGAAUGCGGAGUGUGUGGCCACAUACAGAGGGGCGCCCUUUGAGGUGAAGGGGAAGGGUGUGUGCAGGGCCCAGACCAUGGCCAACAGUGGGAUCAAAUAAAGUUCUCCAGCUCCCACCACAGCAAUAAAAAGAAACACAGUUGUCACUUGCUCUCCCAAAA